GGCGGGGACACGAAGUGCUACGGAGAGCGGAGGGGCUAAGAAGAGGGUCGUGAGCGGAUGAUGAUUGGCUCCAAGAAACUAUGUCUUCAGAAAUGAAAGCUUGUACCUACUAUAAACAGUGAUCGGCCUUAAGUAGACUAGAAACUAUAGUCAAGAAACUUUAGUGGAACUCGUCCUUACCUGGUUACCUUGUAUCAUAAAUUCAAUCAUGUAUGGAAGUGCUCGGUCAGUUGGUAAAAUUGAGCCAAGUAGCCAGAGUCCUGGGCGUUCACCAAGGCUGCCACGAUCGCCACGGCUGGGCCAUCGUCGGACCAACAGCACAGGUGGCAGUUCUGGAAGUAGUACUGGGGGUGGCAGUGGCAAAACUCUUUCUAUGGAAAAUAUCCAAUCCUUAAAUGCUGCCUAUGCCACUUCGGGCCCUAUGUACCUAAGUGACCAUGAGAACGUGGGUGCAGACACGCCUAAAAGCACCAUGACUCUUGGACGAUCUGGGGGGCGUCUGCCUUACGGUGUUAGGAUGACUGCUAUGGGCAGCAGCCCCAACAUUGCCAGUAGUGGGGUUGCCAGUGAUACUAUAGCAUUUGGAGAGCAUCACCUUCCUCCUGUCAGCAUGGCAUCCACAGUGCCUCAUUCACUGCGCCAGGCUAGGGACAACACUAUAAUGGACCUGCAGACGCAGCUCAAGGAAGUGUUGCGGGAAAAUGAUUUACUACGCAAGGAUGUAGAGGUGAAAGAAAGUAAACUUAGCUCCUCCAUGAACAGUAUCAAGACAUUCUGGAGUCCUGAACUCAAGAAGGAAAGAGCCCUGAGGAAAGAUGAGGCAUCAAAAAUAACUAUUUGGAAAGAACAGUAUCGAGUUGUGCAGGAAGAAAACCAGCAUAUGCAGAUGACAAUCCAAGCUCUUCAGGAUGAGCUUAGGAUCCAGAGGGACCUGAACCAGCUUUUUCAGCAAGACAGCAGCAGUCGAUCCAGUGAGCACUUUGUAACAGAGCUUACAGAGGAGAACUUCCAACGGCUUCAUGCAGAACAUGAGCGCCAGGCCAAGGAACUUUUCUUGCUCCGCAAAACCUUGGAAGAAAUGGAGCUGCGCAUUGAGACGCAAAAGCAGACCUUAAAUGCUCGUGAUGAGUCCAUCAAAAAGUUGUUGGAAAUGUUGCAGAGCAAGGGGCUGUCAGCAAAAGCAACAGAGGAGGAUCAUGAGCGGACUAGACGAUUGGCUGAGGCAGAAAUGCAUGUGCACCACUUGGAAACCUUGCUAGAGCAGAAGGAAAAGGAGAACAAUUUGCUAAGGGAGGAAAUGCAUCGUCGUUUUGAAAAUGCACCUGAUUCUGCCAAGACUAAAGCUUUGCAGACUGUUAUAGAGAUGAAGGAUUCUAAGAUCUCUUCCAUGGAGCGUGGACUCCGAGAUCUGGAAGAAGAGAUACAGAUGCUGAAGUCAAAUGGAGCCCUCAGUACAGAGGAACGAGAGGAGGAAAUGAAACAAAUGGAGGUGUAUCGUAGCCAUUCCAAAUUCAUGAAAAACAAGGUAGAGCAACUGAAGGAAGAGCUAAAUGCCAAAGAGGCUCAAGGAGAGGAGCUGAAAAAGAGAGUGACUUCUCUUCAGACUGAGAUUGGUCAGGUGAAACAGGAACUGUCACGCAAAGACACAGAGCUGUUGGCCUUACAGACAAAAUUGGAAACCCUCACAAACCAGUUUUCCGAUAGCAAGCAACACAUUGAUGUUCUCAAGGAGUCCCUCACAGCUAAAGAGCAGAGAGCUGCCAUCCUGCAAACAGAGGUGGAUGCUCUCCGGUUACGUCUAGAAGAGAAAGAGACCAUGUUGAAUAAAAAGACUAAGCAAAUUCAGGAGAUGGCUGAAGAGAAAGGAACUCAAGCUGGAGAGAUUCAUGAUCUCAAAGAUAUGCUGGAUGUGAAAGAACGCAAGGUUAAUGUUCUUCAGAAAAAGAUUGAGAAUCUUCAGGAACAGUUAAGAGACAAGGAGAAACAGAUGAGCAGUUUGAAAGAAAGGGUAAAAUCCCUGCAGGCUGAUACCACCAACACCGAUACUGCCUUGACCACACUGGAGGAAGCACUUGCGGAGAAGGAACGUACAAUUGAGCGCCUGAAGGAGCAGCGCGACAGAGAUGAGCGAGAAAAACAGGAGGAGAUUGACAACUAUAAAAAAGAUGUUAAAGACUUGAAAGAGAAAGUCAGCGCCUUGCAAGGAGAUCUUUCUGAGAAAGAGACUUCAUUACUGGAUUUGAAGGAGCAUGCAUCAUCUUUAGCAUCAUCAGGACUGAAGAAAGACUCUAGGUUAAAGACAUUAGAAAUUGCAUUGGAACAGAAAAAGGAAGAAUGUCUGAAACUAGACUCUCAGCUGAAAAAGCAUCCUGAAGUCUUAUUGAGUCACCCAUCCAAGCCAGCUCAUGAAGCAACAUUGGAGGCUAGGGCCAGUCCAGAGAUGAGUGACCGAUUUCAGCAAUUGGAAAGAGAUGUGGCUCGCUACCGGGAAGAAUCCAGUAAGGCUCAAGCUGAACUGGAUCGUCUGCUAGAAAUCCUGAAAGAGAUGGAGAAUGAGAAGAAUGAUAAAGACAAGAAGAUAGCAGAACUAGAAAGCCUCACUUCAAGGCAAAUUAAAGAUCAGAAUAAAAAGGUAGCAAAUCUGAAGCAUAAAGAACAAGUGGAGAAGAAAAAGAGUGCACAGAUGCUAGAAGAAGCUAGACGCCGGGAAGACAAUCUUAAUGACAGUUCCCAGCAAUUGCAGGACAGUCUGCAUAAGAAGGAUGAUCGAAUUGAGGAGCUAGAAGAGGCACUGAGGGAGAGUGUGCAAAUAACGGCAGAGCGUGAAAUGGUGUUAGCUCAAGAAGAAUCAGCCAGGAUACAGUCUGAAAAACAGCUAUCAGAUGAAAGAAUGCACGAGACCAAUCAUUUAGACUGUAAAUUGCUAAAGGUGGAAGAAUUGAUGAUGGCUAUGGAGAAAGUAAAACAAGAGCUGGAAUCUAUGAAAGCAAAGCUGUCCUCUACCCAACAAUCUCUGGCUGAGAAGGAAACCCACUUGACCAACUUGCGGGCUGAGAGGAGGAAACAUUUGGAGGAGGUGCUGGAGAUGAAGCAAGAAGCCCUUCUAGCUGCCAUUAGUGAAAAAGAUGCCAAUAUUGCUCUGCUGGAGCUGUCGUCCUCCAAGAAAAAAACCCAAGAUGAAGUAGCUGCACUUAAACGAGAGAAAGACCGCUUGGUGCAACAGCUGAAGCAACAGACUCAAAAUCGCAUGAAAUUGAUGGCAGAUAACUAUGAGGAUGAUCACCUCAAAUCGUCAUCUCAUUCGAACCAAACUAACCAUAAACCCUCCCCAGAUCAGGUAAUUCAGCCCCUUUUAGACCUUGAUCAGAAUCGCAGCAAGUUGAAGUUGUAUAUUGGACAUUUGACAGCCCUGUGCCAUGACCGGGACCCCCUGAUUCUCCGUGGACUCACCCCACCUGCUUCCUACCACCAGGAUGACAACCGUGCAGCUUGGGAGAAGGAGCUGCAGAAGAUGACUCUGGAGCAGCUUCACAAUGAGCUGGAAAAAGGUGAGAGGGACAGUGCAGAGCUACAAGAGUUUGCCAAUGCCAUUCUACAGCAGAUAGCCGAUCACUGCCCUGACAUCCUGGAGCAAGUUGUCAAUGCACUUGAAGAGUCAUCAUGACCGAAGCCAUUGCUAGCCCCCUAGCAGCAGCAUGCCUGGGGGCCAAGCCCGGUCAGUCCAAGGAGUCAUGAGGAUGCAGAAGUGUGUGAAAGUGGGGAGGGGGAGAAUACAGAAACUUUUGGUGCACCUUUUUAUAAAAAGAAACAAAUGAACCUAUCUCUGCUCUUCCAGUUUAUAGAUACUGAUUCAUGUCUGCAUUCAUCCUCUCACUGCCUUUCUUCUUUGGAAUAUGCCUCCCAGUUACUUUUCCUGUUGGCUUUGGGAUACGUCUGCUCAGAAAUUUACUGAGUUCAGUAAGCAUGGAAGUGGCAAUAUAUUGGACACAGGUAGUUCUGGUGAUCCAUGAAGUGGUGGCAGGAGAACACUUGCCUUGGUUUUAUUUUAUUUUUUUCAGUUAGUAGAAAUCUUUGGCCUACCUUCCUUUAUGGGGGAAGUUGAGUGUGCUCUGAUAGCGGCCCACAGUUGGCCAACAUUGAUUUAGCUAGUUCAAGGUAUGCUGCCUAUGUCUGCACAGGAGUUUUAUCCUAAAAGCGGAAGCUGUUACAAGGAGAUUGUGGGUGGUGAGGAGAAUCCCUUGUUCUCUUUGGUAACUUCAAUUGAGUAAGAAUGGGAAACGUGUUUUCUCUGGUUUUCUGCCUAUUGUAAGCCUUGUUUUUGUUUACCAAAAUAGCUAUGAAAUGCAUGUGGCUGUUGGGGAAGGGUCGUCCUACCUGAAACCCUGGAGAGCCACUGCCAGUCAACACUACUAAGCUAGAUGGCAGCAUCCUGUGUUUUCUUUAGCCAAGUUUCUUGCUCUUCUGGUAAAUUUUAGUACCUUUUCUACAUAGCUUUGCAUUCACACUUGAAGGGUGCUCUCUUUAUGCAUGACUUCUCAUUUUAUCUAUUUCUGAUUUCUUAGGGGUUUAUUUUAUUUUAUAAGCUAUGCCCAGCUCCAAAAGAGUACUACAUAUCGUUGCCCCUACUGCUGUAUCUUCUAUAACACUCACCAAAGAUUGAGUAAACCCAAAAUAGUUUCUCUAAAUGGCAUCCUCUUAACAUAUCCAAAUUCACAGGCUCAUAAAUAGGAAUCUGGCUAUUCAUCUGUUUUGCACUAAUUGUGAAAAUACAGUUUUAAUCCGGGAAACAUUUUGCAUAGUGUCAUUCUUCAGGCAUUCACAAGAACGGAACUCUGGUAUCAGGUUAUUUCUUCCUGAGAGGAACUGUUUUUGAUGUUUAUUCUUGCAGAUUUCAGGAUUAAUAGAACCUUUUAGAGUAGACAUAGAAGAAAGAGUUAGGAUUCUGAACUUAAAUAAAUAAGAGAAAAGAUCACUGUUCCUUACAAUGCUUUCCUGACUCAUUUACCUCUAUAAUGAUUGCCCAAAUCACCAUGCUUGGCUUUUCCAGCUUAAGCAAUUUAUACAUGGAUAGGCCCAUGCAUUCAAAGUUUAGAAAGCAGACACUCUCUCAAAGCCUUUUUCUUUUCCCCUUCAACAGUAUCCCCACUCCACCAGUGUAACUUUCCAAUUUGGCAACCCAGACCCUAAGACAUUAUUUUCUAUAUAGCAAGGAAUAAUUUUCUAUAAAGUUACUGUUCGGUCAUUACCAGCUUCAACCCAUGGACAUUGAACCAGCCCCAGUAUCCCCAAUCAGGAGCCUCUCUGACUGAAUCAAGAGUCCGCUAGGCACUCUAGGAAUCCUUUAUUACUACUUUUUAUACACAUAGUUUCUGCCUUUGAAAAUGAAAAGAUGCAGUCACUUCUUCAAGAUGCUCCAUUUCUUCCUUUCAUUCUCAUGCAGGAGAAGGAACCUGGGGAUACCUCAGAAAGGAGAUAUAGUAUGAAAAAGAUUGGUUUGAAAUUGCAAACAGUGUUUCUCAUGUGGAUUUUCUGAUGAGGAAUUGACAUUGCUGUAUUAGUUAGCACCUUUGGACUUUGGAGAUCCGGAAUGGUUGUUUUAGAGCUGAUGGCAUUAAUAGCCUGAGGCUGAUGAUUUUUCUCAGAAAGGCGGGUGGGGGAGAGACUUGAAUGUUCUCAAGGUUGAAAUUGCCUUUACCGGAAGGCAUGUAGACAGUGACUGUACAUACCAUUGAGCCAUGCCUCAUACCAGAACCGCGCCUUUGCCCUCAUUGUUUUGAGUCAGCACAUUUUGAUAGGAGCUGUUGUUUUGAAAUCUCCCUUAUAGCCUUUUCUUCUUCAUCCCUAAUUGCUCACUGUAGGGAUUUAAUGCUGCCUGUAAAACCAUCUCAGCCUUCAGGCCUAACAUCUUCCCACCACCACCACUCCCAGGCUAUCCUAUUAAGUUAUAUGGUGGUGUUUCCAGCUGCCCUUGUUCCCUGCUGUAAAACAAUCCACUCUCUCUGUGGGGGAAGCUAUGGAAUUUUCCUUAUCAGUGGUUGAAAUGACUUCUGCUUGUAAACCUCUUACUCAGAUGCUCUUUGAUAGUGGCUUUGGGGGCAGGGGUGUUGCUGAAAUUUCGGGAGUAGAGAUGGAGAUAGUUGCUUGUGGUUGAUACUUCAUCCCCAUGUGCUUCUGGCACUGCGCAUAAAUCACAGUUCUCCAUGCUAGUAUUUUUUGAGCCUUUAGCUCAGCUGCCACCAUGUGGCUGUGCUACUACAGGCACAGGAGCUGCUUAAGCAGAGAGAUGCCAUUCCCAAGGCAGUGUGUACAGGGCCCACCAAAAUGAAAUUGGGAUAAAGCCCAUUGUUUACACUCCACUCUACUCACAGCAUGUGCUCCAGGGGAGGAGGGGAUUUGUGAAACAGAGCCAGUUCCCACACUGGCCAUUUGGUUUCUGUCACCCAGCAGCACACCUGCUGUUUGAACCCCUCCCUCUCCAAGCCCAAGUCUGGAGUAUGCAUCUCUUUCAACUCCUCUCUUAACCCACCACCAAGCACACAACUUUCCCACCCCAUUCUAUGAGCUCAGAGUCCUGUCACCCUAAUGCCUGAUCUAAGCUCCCAGUAAAAAAUUGAUCUAAUCCCUCAGUAAAGUAGUGAGAGAGAGAAAGAAAGAGAGAGAACAAACAAGAUCUUAUCUUGGAACAAUGACCUGACUUUAUCAGCAGUGUGCCAUUGCAGAUAAUCUCCUUGAUGCCAUUUGGAUAGAGGUCCUGUCUCUCUGCAUUUCUCUAGGAACUGUGGAGCCUUAAAUGCAAGGUGUUGGCCAUGAAUUGUUGUUGAACCUGGCCUGCUUCAACUUGCUUCCUUUAACAGAAGAGUGCAAGAUAGUUGACUGCCUUGUGGAUCUGGUUAACAUUGUUAACGUUAUAUGAGAUAUAAAAUGCACAGAUCCAAAAGUGUUAUAUGUGGCAAUCUGACUGCCACUACACUAUCACAGCUCUGAAAGAUUUUUGUAUCUACCAUAUCUGAAAUGAGUGAGAUCUACCACUUGUGUCCAGAAAAUACAGCUCUGGACAGUUGUGUUAGAAACGUAUCAUUUCCUCACCUUCCUUGUUAUUCAGUCCAGCUUUCAGAAAAAGCCUCUUAUCAGGGGAUUCUAAAAUCUCUUGUUUUACACUAGCAAUGGCCAUAUACUUUUGUUGCCGGAUUAUAACAAGGCUUGGUUGUAUUUAAGGAAUGUGGUGUUGCUUUUUCAAGCUGUAAAGAUGCUAAUAUGUAAAAGGUGGGUUAUAAACUUCAGGAACCCCCUAUAGAGGGAGUAGUGGAGUAGUUUGUCUUAAAUUUGGUGCAGUUAUUAAACCUCCCUGGACAAUCCAGGUAAUUUCUUGACAUCCUAAUUGGACUGCUUAAUGCUCCCAAGGAAUCCAGAUUCUGCUUCCAAUCCUAUCAAAUCCAGGUGUUUAAAAAUAAUAAAAUAAAUGGCACUUCAGACUCAAUUGUACAGUGACGCUAGCUACUAAUGUUCAAAGAACUAAUAAGAGACACAUCUUAGUGAAAUGUCUUUUUCAUGUUUGGGGUCUGCUAUGAUGAUUGCCUUUUGCUAUUGCUUUCACUCAAAAAAAUGCCAAACUCUAAAAAUCUAAAACCGAACAAAAUGGUUAGAGUGUGUGCUAUCAAAUACCAGUGUAUUUGGGUCUUCUCAGUGUAUUUUGGAAGAUCACUGUGAAAUAUGUAGUAUGGGAGUUUUAGGCAUCUGUUUUUCUCUAUUCUAACAUUCAGGGAACAUUCUGUUUUGGAAAAUUCUUAUAUCUAAAACACUAAGUUAAUAGAAUCCUGAUUUCCUCCUAUCUCACACCUCUGUGCUAGCAACCUAGCAUGGGUUCGUGGAGUGACGUGAGUGAAAAUGUCAAAACAGUUGGAGUUAGAAGGUGCUACUUCAGAGAACUAAGCAGUAAUAGUCAUGGAAAACAGGAAGUUCUUGAUUUAAUAACACUGCCCCUAGUGGUGGGAGUGGAAUUGGGAAAUCAGGCAAUUGGUGGCUGAAAGCUGCCAAUAUUGACAAGACAAAACUUUUCUCAUGCCAAUCACUCAGUCUUGUCAGUGCAGCAGGUGCUGUUUUUAUAAUACAAUAUUUUUUAACUUUUUUCCAUUUGUAGAGGAAAGCCGUUAUCCUUCUGAACAAAAUGGCUGUGUCUGUUGACCUUUUUUAGAAAAUAAAAUAAAAGCAUUUCCAAACUUUUUAGUGUCAAAAGCGUAAACAUAAGAAUACUGACUUUUUUCAGUGUGUGUGGCGAGUGCUGUAACCCUGUCAUCAUUGGUAUUUCCCCUUUCCUUUUUCAGGGGUAUAUUUUUUAUUUUUUAUUUUCCUGUUUUGUUCUCUGCUUGUCAAUUAUUGUCUGUGUGGUCCUUUGGCUGGGACAAUUACCGACAAUGUGUGUCUGUUGUCCAGUUUUAAAUUUUAAAAAAAAGAUAGAAGUAGAAAUGAAAAAAGUUGUGUAUUAAAAAUAUAAAAAAUUAAAUGUAUCAUCCAAAGGAAUUCAAAAUAUGAAAAGGCAAAGUUCUGGACAACUCCUCCCAGUUUUAUAAGGAAAUGGAUUUUUUAGGCUCAAGGUACAUUUCAAUUGCCUUUGACAGACCAAGGAAGACCAAACCAGUGUGGCCUUCUUAGCAAUGUUAUUAACUCCUGAUUUUAUCCCUUUCCCAAUACUGUAAUGUAUGGACGACCUUUGAAAAACAGGAAGGGGCAGCAUUAGAAACUACUUUUUCCAUUGAUAUCUCUUGGGCUUUAAUACUGCAAAUUUAAAUAGAAGGGAUGCAUUGCAGCAUUUUUGCACAGUCUUUUAGUCUCUAUUUUUUACACAUAAACUACUUAGUAUUUCUUAAUGCACCUUCAUUUAUGUCAGUCCCAGUUUAUUUGUGUGGUUAUUUUGUAAUGUACCCACUUUUGAAAAUGUGCAUUCAGAAUCUUACAACAAAGGGCUUGCCAUUCUUUUCUGCACCAGUGGGAUGGAAACUUGUGCAUUUACUUUUAAAGGGUAUGGCCAACAUAAAUCUUCAUAUCAUAAAUACUGUUGCUACUAGCCAUAUCUUAAUUUAUUUUACAUGAAUGUACCUUUUUAAAAAAUCCUGGUAAAUUUGGGGGAUAUCAGUAACCCUUUCAGUUAGAGGCUACCAAUGUUCCUGUGCUGCUGCCUAUUAAAUUCACUGUCCAUUGCUGCAGCAGAAAUCAAAGUUGAGAACGCUGGGAUACAUUUUUGUUAAUAUGGGAUAGAAAUAUUAAGCCAAGCUUAAUUGAUACUCUUCAUUUAAUUUGUUUUUUAGCGAUCUUUCAUGGCUAAAUCAUUUCUCUCAAAUCAUUUCACCUGGUAAACCUGGGUUUCCCAAACUUGGAUCUCCAGCUGUUUUUGGACUACAACUCUCAUCAUCCCUAGCUAGCAGGACCAGUGGUCAGGGAUGAUGGAAAAUGUAGUCCAGAAACAGCUGGAAGCCAGAGUUUGGGAAACCCUGCUAAGGGAACCCAGGAUUUGGCUUAAUACUGAUUUCAUUGGACACCUCCUAGAUACAAAUAGUUCACAGGUUUUGCUUCACUCAGCUAGUCUUCUGUCCUUCAGUGAUAUUUGGUAUGCUAGAUCUAAGCAUAUUUAUGCAUAUCAAAAGUUUGUGUUCUUCUUUAGGUUCCAUGUAAGUAAAUGGAGUUGUGUCCAGAAAACGCUAUUAUCAACUGGCAUGACUUAAAGCUGAUGAAAGAUCAUGUUCAUUCAUCCCUGCCAGGACAGUAUUGCUACUUCCCUCUCAUUUACCUCAUGCUGAAUUUAGAUCACCAGGAUCUGUUUUAACAAAUUUUUCGUGAAGGCAGCACAGUGGGCUGUCAAAGGGAGUGAAAAUUUGUAGGAUGUCCCCAACACACACACACAACCCUCUCACACAUACACUACAGAAAAUGAUCUUUUACUACUUGGAAAGUGAUGUGUUGCACUUUAACAGAGGAGGAGAUGAGCUUUGCAUAUAUAGUCUGGCAUACUUUGAGUUCCUUCUGGAAGGAGCAGCAGCGGGAGAUAAUAGAUGUCUGUGAUACAAGUGCGCACGCUGCCUUCAACUUGUAUGUGUUUUAUUGAUGGAGUCAUGUUACUGACAGGAUAAUGAAUUGCAAAGAAAUUGUGUUAUAUAUUCAACUUUGCCUUGAUAAUAUAAACACCUUUGUUCAGUUUUUUUCUUUCCUUUUUUUAUUCACAAACUAAGUUCAUGAGGAAAUUAUAAAAUUAUUUAAAAAUG